UGCACUGGCAGUGUAGCCUUCGCAAAGUGCCACUGAAAGGAGUUAUUUAAGUAUUUGUUGUGUAGUUCUGUGGAUAGCAUGAAACUGACAAUGGCGACUGUUGUUUUGCCUUUUGGGCCAUAGAGGACUUGUGGGGAACAUUAGGAAGACUUAAGGUUGUGAGGAUGGAUGACCGGCGUGUGGCUGACUACUUUGUGGUUGCUGGGCUACCAGAGAACCCGCAGCCCCUAGAGGAGUUCUCAAAUGAGGCUGCCAUAAAGUCCACGUACAAGCAGGACCCUAUCACAGAUAUCACAGUGAUAAACAAGUCACUGGGGGACAAGGUGCCUAACGGGUAUGUGUGCCUGGAGAAGACACCAUCAGAGUACCCUGCAGAUCUGAACCAUGGAAGUAUACUGCAGCAUGAGAUGUACAUAUGUUACAGACGCAGCCGGGAUAAACCACCGCUGACAGAUGUUGGAGUACUGUAUGAGAGCAAGGAGCGUCUGAUGGGAGGCUGUGAGGUUAUCCUCCAAACGUACUACGGCUCUCCCGCCAACGUGAACAACAGCAGCAACCAGCACACCUACAUCACAUACCGCCGCGCCCCUGAGAAUGCCCCCAGUGACAUGCUAGCCGUUGUAGACCUCUGUGUCAUACUGGAAAACAAGGGAGAGGGACCGCCGCACUCCUACUGUCAGAUACACAAGAACCUCAACAGGUCGAUGGUGGGUUCAAGUGUUUAUCUCUGCUACAAGAAAGCCAUGACCAAGACAGAUAUUCUAGCAUACAAGCCAGCGGUGCUGGACCGAUACCCCCGUGAGGACUAUGAGGACUUUCCCCUGCCCGAGUCGGUAGCCAUGUUCUGUCUGCCCAUGGGGGCCACUGUGGAGUGCUGGUCUGCCAAGUCUCAGCACCCCCUGCCAGUCUACUCAACUUUCGUGCUGACAGGCAUCGGCUGGAAUAAGGUGUAUGGUGCAGCCAUUACUUUCUACGAGGAGUACCCGGAAGACAAGCUGUCCGACUUCCAGAUGCGCAACCUCGGGGUCAAAAACAAGAACAUUCGGGAGCAGUACCGCAUCAGGAAGACUGUGCACUCCAACAAGUCCAUCUGCUUGCUGUCUCACUGGCCGUUCUUCGACCCCUUCCGCAAGCUGCUGUCUUACCUGCACAGGGUCUCCAUCACUAGCUCUCAUAUCGUGCCUAUUGAACGGCACAUCUCCCACUUCAUGUACGAUGUUCCCUACCCCUCACCCCAGCGACCACGUAUCCUUGUGCAGCUCAAUCAGGACUCUAUAUGCCUGUCCAUGCCAGAAGACUCGCCCCUUCCUCAGACUGGAGCCUCGUUCCUGCUGAUGUUAAAGGACCUCGGCCCUGAGAACUGCAUGACCAUCCUGCUGUAUGUGCUCCAUGAACACAAGAUCCUCAUCCAUUCCCUCCGGCCCGCCGUGCUCACCAGCGUAGCUGAGGCCGUAUCUACGUUGAUAUUCCCCCUGCAGUGGCAGUGCCCCUAUAUUCCACUGUGUCCCCUGGGACUGUCAGAUCUGCUCCAAUCACCAACACCAUACAUCAUAGGUUUGGACUCCCGCUACUUUGACCUGUUUGACCCGCCUCCAGAUGUGAUCUGUGUUGACUUGGACACCAUCAACAUAUGGCCGCCUGAUGACAAGAAGAACAUUUCUUACAAGUUGUUGCCCAAGAAGCCUGCGAAGGUGUUACAGGAGUCCCUGCACAAGCUGUAUGACAAACUGUCCACAGUGAAAUGGUCGGGACACGACGAGAGCACAGUAGACAUGGGUCCCAUGGAUCUGGACUUCAAACGCAAACAUAGAGAGAUGGUGCUAGAUAUGCAAAUCCAGGAGGCGUUUCUACGGUUCAUGGCCUGCAUCAUGAAGGGCUACAAGCAGUACCUGAAGCCCAUUGAGAAUGCCCCCGACAUUGACACCACCAACGCUGCCUCACUCUUUGAUAUGCAAGGUUUUCUCAAGAGUCGAGAUAAAGCCAACCACAAGUUUAUGCAGACUCUGCUGAGGACGCAGCUUUUCAACCGGUUUAUUGAGGAGCGCUCUUUUGUGUCGGACAAAGAUGACAGCCUGGCAUUCUUUGAUGAAUGCUGUGAAAAGGUUGUGGAGACUUCAGAGGAGCCCAGGCUGAUAGAUCUUGACGACUCACAGAAAAGUGAGCGCACAAUGUUCAUUUUACCACCGGAGCCUGUUGGCCUGCCUGAGGGAGUUAGAUACAGCUACAACGGAUUCCCAGUGCUACAGCCAAGUCUGUUCUUGGAGAAGAAUAAGCCUGCGCGGUCGGCCUCACAGGCUCGAUCCCAGGCAGGCCCCAACAGCCCCGUGGCGCGCCGCACCAAACAGGAAGUAAAGACAGCACAAAAAGCAGCACAGCAGGCGUAUACUGCCACCUCCAACCCGACAAUGUGGGCCAAGUGUCUCCUGGGACAUGCCUAUAGCCUGUGGUACAUGACUCUGCCUGCCUACAUCAAGUCUGGCCAGUCAGUCACCAAAGCCCUUAAACUGGGCCACGAGGUCAUGAGGGUCAUGCAGAAACACCAGCUCAAACCUCCUGAUGAGCUGUGUUUUCGUGUGAUGCUCCAACUGUGUGGCCAGUACAACAAGCCUGAACUGGCUGUGAAGGUCUACUCCACCAUGAAGCGCGCUGGCAUCCAACCCAACGCCAUCACAUAUGGAUAUUACAACAAGGCGGUGCUGGAAGGUAUAUGGCCCACAGCCAUCAACCAGGGUCGUGUCCUGUGGCGCAAACUUCGCAACGUUGUUCUGGGAGUGGCCAAGUUCAAACGUACCGUCCGUCGUCGCAGUGUAUCCACAUUCUCCAGCAGUGAGUCAGACCAGAUCUCUCGCACAAGCUAUGACAGUUUCCUUGAGGACGAUCGUGUGGACGCGCGUCACGAGCCCAUCAUGAAGUCAGAGGGUCAUGUUGAGGUGCCGAUGUUUGAUGUCCCCAGGAAGACCAGCAAUAUCCCAGAGGAAGUGGAGAGAGCUGCGUCGGACAGGGGCUAUAACUCCAUGACUCUGGAAGAAGCCAAGACUUUCUCUGAAAUAAUCGACACCGAACAUAGGGAGUCCAAAGAUAAGGAGUCCAAGUUCCGCAGGGAUCUGAAAAAUGUGCUUAGUUUCAGUUUUAGGCGAAAGAAUAAAAAGAGUGAGUCCGAAAUACUGGAGGAGUCUAAAGCGGACCUGGAUGAUGUCUCAGAAAAGGGUUCUGCAGCAGAGAAGUUCCAGUUACCAGCCCACAGCAUUGUGAGACAGUCCUCCAUUCCAGGAAACACCAGCUCCCCGGACAUGUACUAUGGUUCAGAGGCAGGUCUGCUGAUGGUGAGUGAGAAGAUGUUGUCUGGUUCCCUCCCCAAGAGCGUGGUACCAACCAUUGGACAUGUGGGCAUCAACCAAGGCGACGAAAAACUAAGGAAACGUCACAGCAGUGCUGGAGACCAUCAUUAUUUGAAAACAAGGUCAAACAGCUUGCUACCCCACUGGAAGAUCAGGCAUCCCAGUAGUGAGGAGAACAGGGUUAAGGGAAAUGACCUUGCUAGUCUUGUUAGUUCUGGGGGUAAGGAAAUGUUGUCAAAGACUAUUGAUAGCAAUGUUGGCGUGAUGACCAGCGAAAUGCAAGAAUUGUCGGAGGAAAUAAAAGAUAGUGGUGUUGGACUGGAUGAUAAUGAGGUGAUAAGUGAGGGGAAUGAAGAGGGGGCUGAACUUGAGAAGGGAAGUGACGAGUGUGAUAAGAUAAGUGUCAAAAAUGUGUCCAGUGAGGAUUCUGGUAUUUCGGAUAGUGCAUUGACAGGUUAUGCCACUGAACAAAGGUUGGAGGGUAUUACUGAGAUGAAAAGUCGGUCAGACAGCCUGAAGUCUGCCACAUCUAGUCCUUUACAUUCCAUUGUGACGCCUGUGACUGAAAAUGAUCCUCUUGGAUUAUUUGUUGAACCAGUAGCAGUUCCAAAGCUUGACACAAAAAGUAGUUGUUCAAAACAAAGUUCGCCUGUAAAGGAUCGGAAAGAUUUUGUUCUGAAGAAACCUUUCCAAGAUAGUUCAGACUUGGGUGGGUGCAAUACAUGUACCUUUCAUACAGAUGGAAUCACGGUCAGGGUAGACCAAUCAGAACCUAGCAAACUGCUUACCCCAGUAGACUCCAUAAAGCAGACUGUUUUUAAAAUAGAAAGGACUAAUAGUUUUCCUGGAAACUUAGGACAACCAAGUGUUCAAAGAGCAGAAAACAAUGGUGUCAAAUCUGAAGUCUCAUCCCUUGGACGGUCUAUAACAUCAUUGAACGAACCCAAAAGAGAUCAGUUGUCUGGCACCCUGAAAACCGCUGGGUUAUUCAGAAACAGGAGUUUUAGAAGCCAUAAGGACAAUAUCAGUGGAAUGCUCAAGUUUGCUACUGGUGCUGUGGCCAACAAACUCUCUGAGAUCAAGUGGCUCACACCUACCAAACUGGGCUCCAAUAACUCUCUGACUCCGUCGCAUGAUGAGGAUUCAGAGGAUGAAUAUAAUCGUGGGAAAGCACGCAAGAAAGGCAGCUUAGAUUUCCUGAAUCGCAGUAAUGAUCAACUAGAUUCAUCAAGCAUCAAUGGUGUUCAUGAGAGUGCUCCAAGUGGCCCAUCAUUCAUGGAGCGUAUGGACAGGGAGUGUGAGGCGGAGUGUGACAGCGUGUUGGCACUGCAGCCAGACUGUGAGCAGCAAGAGGUGGUGGUGGAGGCUGAGAUGAGUAGCUGCUGUCGGUGCACGCGCUGUCACUGCCUGCUGUAUGAUGAGGAGAUCAUGGCCGGAUGGAACGCAGAUGACUCCAACCUCAAUACAGCGUGUGUUUUCUGCAACCAGAAGAUAGUGCCUCAUUUGCUUAUUUACAUCAAGGACCACAGGAAACGAAAAGAAGCCAAGAUUGCAGAAGAGGAGAAAAUAAAUGAUGAGCUACUGAUAGACUUUCAUGAGAAGAAUCCAUCACAUACCUCGUACGGCAAGGACGCAAACCUCUGUCCAAGGGAGGACACAAACCAACACUUCAUGUUUCCAGACGAUGAGGGAGCCGUCGACGACCCAUGGGUACGCCACCCCAGCGCUGAGCCUUCCCGUGCCACACAGCCCCCCUCUGAUGAUACAAGCCCAGAGAGCCCAGAACACGGGCCAACACUGUCCCAGAUGGGCCGCAUGGGUCACCGGCGCACGACCAGCGAGUGCCUCACCAGUGCUACUAACUAUAGCUGCUCUAUGGACUCCCUGGAGAACUGUGGAGGGGAUGGCAGGAACAUUCGCUCCCCGCUCAGUAUAUCCAUGGGAAGCGAUGAUGCAGAGGGACACACUGUUCUUACACCAGAGCGAAGGAGGGCUAUGUUUGAGGGAGCCCUGUCCUCCAUGGAGCCUGUGUCUGUGCCCUACCUGAGUCCAAUAGUGCUGAGGAAGAGUCUUGAGAGCAUUAUAGAGAGUGAGGGCAACACUGUGCUGUCCAGAGACACCUUCCUUGACGACCACCCCAUCAUCUACUGGAACUUGCUUUGGUACUGCAAGCGUAUCGGUGUAUCCAAUCAUCUGCCUGGCUUCCUACUGACCGCUAAGGCGUACAACCCAAGGCUUGGGGCUGACGAUUCCGGCGUGUUCGGGCCAGAUAAUGUGAGCGUGCGGGCCAUGUGGGACAACCUGCGUAUCCACCAGGAGGUGGGCAUGCCCAUGCACCUGGCAUGGCGUAACUGUGACAGCUCCACUACUGUAGACGCUCUUCUCACUGACUCGCAGCCCUUCAAUAGGCAAGUGAUGCACCAGAUCAUCUCCAAGAUCCAGUGCAAUGACGUACUCAGCCCGAUCAAGAUGGUGAUGAAUGGUCGGCGCCGACUGCGUACACGCAGGAAACGGUUCCGGAGCAUGUACCGAGACAUCAUGUAUCUGGCACUGGAGGCGUGUGGCAGGGAUAACAUAGAUAUCGCUGCAUUUGACCGUGAAUACAAGAUGGCCUUCUCAAGGCUGGCUCAGAAUGAGGUGAAACGUGUACAAAGAGAUGACAAGCCUCGUUCCCCGCUAGUACAAGCUUGCAGAGCUGCAUUCCAAGAAUUGAACAUGUAGACUGCUGUGACAAGUCACGCUUGCAAAGCUGCCUUCCAAGAAUUGGACAUGUAGACCGUGCUGUGACAAGUCACGCUUGCAGAGCCGCCUUCCAACAAUUAGACAUGUAGACUGUGCUGUGACAAGUCACGCUUGCAGAGCCGCCUUCCAAGAAUUGGACAUGUAGACCGUGCUGUGACAAGUCACGCUGCCUGCUAAUACAAGCUUGCAGAGCUGCCUUCCAAGAAUUGGACAUGUAGACCGUGCUGUGACAAGUCACGCUGCCCGCUAAUACAAGCUUGCAGAGCUGCCUUCCAAGAACUGGACAUGUAGACCGUGCUGUGACAAGUCACGCUGCCUGCUAAUACAAGCUUGCAGAGCUGUCUUUCAAGAAUUGGACAUGUAGACCGUGCUGUGACAAGUCACGCUGCCCGCUAAUUCAAGCUUGCAGAGCUGCCUUUCAAGAAUUGGACAUGUAGACAGUGCUGUGACAAGUCAAGCUGCCCACUAAUACAAGCUUGCAGAAAUGCCUUCCAAGAAUUGGACAUGUAGACCGUGCUGUGACAAGUCACACUGCCCGCUAAUACAAGCUUGCAGAGCUGCCUUCCAAGAACUGGACAUGUAGACCGUGCUGUGACAAGUCACGCUGCCCGCUAAUACAAGCUUGCAGAGCUGCCUUCCAAGAAUUGGACAUGUAGACAGUGCUGUGACAAGUCACGCUGCCCGCUAAUACAAGCUUGCAGAGCUGCCUUCCAAGAAUUGGACAUGUAGACCGUGCUGUGACAAGUCACGCUGCCCGCUAAUACAAGCUUGCAGAGCUGCCUUCCAAGAAUUGGACAUGUAGACAGUGCUGUGACAAGUCACGCUGCCCGCUAAUACAAGCUUGCAGAGCUGCCUUCCAAGAAUUGGACAUGUAGACAGUGCUGUGACAAGUCAAGCUGCCCACUAAUACAAGCUUGCAGAGCUGCCUUCCAAGAAUUGGACAUGUAGACAGUGCUGUGACAAGUCACGCUGCCCGCUAAUACAAGCUUGCAGAGCUGCCUUCCAAGAAUUGGACAUGUAGACAGUGCUGUGACAAGUCACGCUGCCCGCUAAUACAAGCUUGCAGAGCUGCCUUCCAAGAAUUGGACAUGUAGACCGUGCUGUGGCAAGUCACGCUGCCCGCUAAUACAAGCUUGCAGAGCUGCACAGGUUAAUCAGGGAUGACGCUUUUCUGUCUUGACUGGAUUUUUUAAUUUAAGCGAACGUGUAAGGUUAAGUCACUGGUCACCAGUCUGGGAGCUUGCUGUAUAUGGAUGCAACCAGGGAUCACAUUUUCUACAUACUAUUUCAGUCAUUUUGCUGAGUGCAUUGUGUUGUUAUUUAUUUUACACUGGUUUCGACUAAACUUUAAAGGCCUACCUGUUUUGUUAUGCAGACUUGCUGCAUGCAGAUAAUGCUUUUUUUCUUGCUGUCAUGUUGUAAUGUUGUAUUAUACACCCGCAAAGAAGUUUCAGAGGGGUUGAUUGAACUUGCAUAGUCAGUUGGUCGGUUGGUUAAUCCAAAUAAAAUGUUACAAGUUUUUUGGGGGGUGGUGGUUGGGGGAGACUUGUUAUACAUGUCUCAACCAAUUAAAUUGAAACUUCAAUUAUGUCAUCACCAUGAAGUGAGGGUAUUAACAUGAUAUAUUUGUGUCAAAGCUCUCAUUUAUGUUAUUAAAUGAUAUCUGUUCAAUAAAAUGAAGUAACCAUAAGCAGGCCAGCAAAUGGUCACAUUUUUUGAAGCAUUGGCAUUCCAUGUAACAUAUUAUGAAAUAAUGUGCCACAAUACCAUAGAGAAUGAAUUUCAAGUAUUGUUAGAGAUUUUAAAUAAAAUGUUCACAAAUUAUUUGUGUUGUAUAACAUGUGCAUCAUUAACCUGUUUUGCUGUGAUAUUGAAAUAAUGAUGUUCAAAACUAAAUCUCCAGUGUUUGUGUUUGUACAUCAAUCAUGUAUUAUAUUGUUCUAUUAUUUCUUUUGCAGUAUAUUUCAAUAGAACUUAACCAAUUUAUGUGUUCGUGCAAAAUAUGGGCAUAGACUUGUAUAUUAAAAAAUACUCUUGUUUUUUUGCACAGUUGCCAUAGUCACUUUGAUAAAUAAUUGAGUUAAAUAUAUGAUAACUGGAAAAGUAGUAUUAAUGCAAUUUUUUUAAAGUAAUUAUGCUGCAUUAAUUGCUCAAUUAAAGCUCGGUAAUGAAAUGAGUAAAGUGUUUGUAUGUGAAUGUAAAAAUGUCUGAUUUCAAUGACGUUGUUUUGCAUUUAAUGGACUAUGAACACAUGUGUAUAUAACAAUUGUAAUUUAAAUAUGCAUGAUGUUCUAUGCCAACAUUUCAGUGCAAUAUGUUGAGUUGUGCAUUACAAUUACAUUUUUCCAAUAUUGUUUAUAGACUUAGCUUUCUUGAUAUUCGUUUGUAUGCUCUGCUGUAUCAAAUUUAUUUCCCAAAUAUGUUUGACAUAUAGAUUGAACCUGAUUUCAUUAGGAAAUGAAAAUAUAACUUGUCCAGACAUAAGUAUU